AUGGGAGAAGAAUAUGUUCUAGAUGAUGAUAGUGCAAAGACCCAACAAAAAAAACAGCAACACUACACACAAGAAGAAAUUAGGAAUUUGACAGACACCAAGAAUUUAUUUCAGUCUCCACUUUUUCGUUUUUCGUUUGCAGAAGUAUUGAAAAAAGCCUCGUUGAAUUGGAAAAAGUGUACCAAAAUUGAGGAUGCAUUGAGGAGUUUGAAAGAAAUUCUAGACUCUAUUUCUCAGUAUAAGGCCCAACAUUUGAAUGACAUUUAUUCUUCAAAGUUUAUUGCAAUUUCGGAUAAGACUAAAAAACUGGCUUGCAAUGCUCCACAAAGUAUUGCAAUUGUUGGCUCUUAUUUACUUCGAACAAUUGCAAAGCCAUAUAAAAAUAUUGACGUUGCAGUUACUAUGCCUAAGGGAUUUAUCACAUCUAAGGACUAUGGAAAAACAUAUUUUGAAAAGAGAGCUUGGUAUCUAUGUGCUAUGGCAGAACACUUAAAGAAAAAUGAAAUCUUCUCACAAUUAGAAAUUAUUCCUUUCAGAGGAGACUACUGGAAGCCAAUUAUUGUUUCAAAUGUGAAAAUUGGCAAAAAUUAUUUCAAAAUCAGAAUUAUGCCAUCGAUCACUACUGAUAUUUUUGCUAAAAGUUUAAAACCAGAGAAUAUUGUUGAGUAUCACAGAAUUGCUGAAGACCAAUUCUUCCAUAAACACUUAGAGAUGUUACACAACGAAAUGAAAGAUUGCCCAGUUUUGGUAGAGACAGCAAUCUUAUUGCGUGUUUGGGCAAGAAAUAGAAAUAUUUACCAGGCAGAUGACAGUUUGAACGGGUUUUUACUUUCCAUGCUUAUUUUGUAUUUAUUAUCUCAAAAGAAAAUUAACAAGACAAUGAGCUCCUUCCAAAUGAUCAAAUUAUUGAUGAACUGGAUUGUUAAAUCGAAUGACCAAGAAGGAGAUUUCAACAUUUUCCAUAGAGUUUCACAAAAUGCAUGGAACGAAUUGAAAUCAGAAGCAAAAUUGACUUUGGCGCAAAUGAAAGAUGAAACAAGUGUAAAGUCCGUGGAGCUACUUUUCCUUACAAAGCACACAUUUUGGCACAAAUUCGAUGCUAUUCUCAAUGUGAGCAUACCUAAUUCAUUUAAGCAUGACAGCGAGGUUUCUACAAAGGAAAAAAUUACUUCUACACUAAAUACGGCACUCGAAGGAAGAGUAAAGUAUUUACGAGUUGUAGGAAGUGAUGAGGACAAGGUAUUUGUUGGACUAAUAUUUACCAAAAAUUGGUUUGAGCCUCUUAUUAAGGGUCCUUCUCCACACAAUAAGGAAAAAACUGAAGCAUUUAAGACAUUUUGGGGCAAGAAGGCAUUCAUGAAGGACUUUAGUGAUGGAUCUCUUAGUAUUUGCACGGAAUGGCAAGUAGGUGAGGACGAACGUUCAGUGAAAGCCAUCGAGCGUAUUGCAAACUAUGUGUUGAAAAAACAUCUAGAUAAGAAUGUCGAUUGUUCAGUAUCAGCAUCGGAUAUUUAUUCAUUGAUGAAGAUUUCCAAAGUUGAAUCUCAAACAGCCAAUUCUGAAAUGAGAGAAGCUUUUGAAAAGUUGGAGUCCAUAAUUAUGGACACAGAUAUUCACCUGAUACCAGAGAAUAUUUGUGUGAUUUCACCUGAAUUCUAUGAAGUGGCCAUUACUUCACCAAAGGCAACGAAUCCAUUGUUGACCGUGUUGCAAUUUAGAAGCAAUGCAAGAUGGCCAGAUAAUAUCGAGGCUUUGGACAAGCUGAAACAACUGAUUUAUCUUAAAUAUAGCGAAACAUUGAAAUUAAAAACAACACCAACAAGAAGAUGGAUAGAUAUCGUUUGUAAUGGAUUCACAUUCCGUGUAGUAGUCUUUGUUUCAAAGGAAAUUAAUCUUAUUAAGAGAUCAGGACAGGCCCUCAAUCCCAAUGUGCACGAGUUGGAAAAAACACUUAACAUCCUUCCUUUACAUUGUAAAUACUCUGGAAUUUUCGACAACACCUUUAAGGAGUAUGCAGAGACUGUGAGAUUGGCUAAAUCAUGGAUCAACACUCAUUUCAUGUCCGACUAUUUGGAAGAUAGCGUUGUGGAAUUGUUAUGUAUGCACGUCUAUACGGAUGUAUAUUCCCCUUACAAAGCCCCAAAAACAGCUAUUUGUGCUUUUUUCAGAUUUUUAAGUUUAUUGUGUAGUCAUUCAUGGUUUGAUACACCUCUUUUUGUAAACACCUCAAUUGGUGAUUCAGAUGUAGAGAGUACUCAACGAGAAUUCUCGAGACGGUCAGAGGAAUACGAAAAAUUAGAUACCAAACCAAGCAUGUAUAUUGUUGCUUCCUAUAAUUUGGAUUAUGUAUGGACGAAAAAGAAUCCACCAGCUAUUAUUGUUCACCGAAUGGUUCAAUUUGCUAAAAACACAGAAAUUGAAUUGAACGAAUAUAUUCUCUCACCUGUGACAUCCUCUCUGCCCUCACUCUUUACAAGUACAGACAUGGAUGGAUACGAUCUCAUCAUCAAACUCAAGAGUGAACAAGAAAUUAGAAGCAGCCACACAUCAUACUACCCACUGGAUUCAACCCCUACGAUUUGUUUUAUAGGGAUCUCAAAGAACGUUUCUCUCGAUUUGCCUCAACAAGCUUCCAUCACCAAUACCUGGUGUAUGAAACCAUUGUUGUUGCAGUCAAGUAAUAACAAGAAUGAAACAAACUCAUCAUCCUCAAAGAAUACAUCACCCUCUGCCACGAAUACCUUCAACAAACUCCAAUUCAACAUGGAACAAUUCAUUUUCGAGUUGGAACAGCUCGGAAAGGGCAUCAUUCACUCCAUCAAAGCCAACAAUGACUCUUUGGCGCCCUACUUUGCCACAACCGAAAAGCAACAACCGACAUCGGCUGAUUCAACCCAUAAGCGAAAGUUUGUAGAAAACGAUGGUGGACAGAAGAAGAGCAAAGACCAUCGUAGUAGCAGUAGCAUUGGUACUGAUGUUGUUGUUAGUAUCUCUCAACCAAAAUCCAAAAAUAUCCAAAACAAGAAUGACAUAGAUGCAUCGAACAAGAAGAAGAAGCCCAAGCUUAAAUAA